UUUGACCCCGAACGUUGGAGGUCCGGACUGGGAAAAAAAUUUCAUUUGCAUAUUUUUCGUCUCUGUGGACUUUCAGUACAAAAAUCGGAAGCCAUGGCUGAGCAAAAUGAUGCAUCUAACGAUUCUGCAGCUAGUGGGGGUUGUAGUGUGACAGAUUUACAGCGUGCACGCCGGUUCCUGUGCAUGGGGACGGAGUCAGGGACCUACACCCUGGACGAAAAGAUCAAGCUCGGGAGGGAGAACGCCGAGAGCCUGGUGAGGCUGAUACAUGACGGGAGGGGCGAGGAAGUGGUGGAAGAGAUCAGCAAGUUUUCCAGGGAAGGAAAAGCGGUCAAAGAACAGCCGGUCAUCUUUGCCCUCGCCUUGUGCGCAAGGGAGUCAGACGUGAAGACCAAACAGGCUGCAUACAAGGCAUUGUCCAAGGUGUGUCAGACCCCCAUUCAGCUGUUUGCCUUCAUCAACUACGCGGAGACCCUGAGUGGCCAGUCUACGGGCUGGGGACGUGCUCAGCGCAGGGCCGUGCAGGCCUGGUACAACCAACAGGAGCCCAGACAACUGGCGUACCUCGUGACCAAGUACAAACAUCGGGAGGGAUGGACCCACAAGGACCUGCUCAGGUUAUGUCAUCUCAAGCCCACCAAUCAAGGAGUUGCAGUUGUCAUCCGGUACAUUGUCAAAGGAUUCGAGUCUGCGGAGAAAGAGUUUGACAAGGAAGACGCCCCGGAUGAUGUGAAGAACGUGCUGACGUUUCUACGAGCAGUGGAAGAUGUGAAGAACAUGAGGGACGAAAGCGCAGUGGCAGGACUGGUGGAACAGCACAGGCUGGCCAGGGAACACAUUCCAACCCAGCUGCUCAAGUCUAAAGAGGUUUGGCGCUCUCUGCUCCAGGACAUGCCCAUGACAUCACUUCUCAGGUACCUUGGCAAGCUGUCCACCAUUGGUCUGCUGGCUCCCCUCAAUGACCAAUCACAGUUAGUUUGUGAAAGGCUGACUGAUGAGGAGCAGUUGAAAAAGGCACUAGUCCAUCCGUUGACCCUCCUGACAGCCCUGAAGCAGUAUGAGAGGGGACGGGGGGACAAGGGUAAACAGCACUGGGCACCAGACCCACAGAUCAUGGAGGCACUCAACACUGCUUUCUACAACUCAUUCAAGAACGUUGAGCCGACCAACAAGCGUAUCCUCCUGGCCCUUGACUGCGGCCGUUCCAUGGCCUUCAGCGGAGUGAACGGGUCCUCCGGUCUGACGGCCGCCAUGGCUGCCGGUACCAUGGCGAUGUGUGUGGCCAGGACGGAGCCCAGCUGUCACGUGUUCGGCUUUACUGACCAACUGGUGCAGCUGACCAUCACCGGAGACAUGCGCUUGGACCAGAUCUUACAGAUAGUCGGAGCUACACCAAAGGGAAGAACAGACUGUGUCCUCCCUAUCCUGUAUGCCAAGGACAACAACAUCCCAGUAGACAUGUUUCUGUACCUCACUGACAAUAAAACUGGCACAGGAGAUAUACGCCCGUCUGACGCCCUGAAACAGUACCGAGCUGCCAUGAACAUAGACGCCAAGCUGUGUGUAUGUGCCAUGUCAAGCAACAGCUUCUCCCUCGCAGACCCAGAGGAUGCUGGGAUGCUUGACAUUAUCGGACUAGACAGCCAAGCGCCGACGGUCAUCAGGAAUUUUGCCUUGGGGGACAUUUAAUGACGUCUCAUUUAGUCUAGAUUCUUAAUUGUGGAGAGAAAGGGUUCUGUUUUUCACGAAUGGGAAACGUAUAAUGUGAUCACUGCCUUGUUGUUUUGUAUAGAAAUACAAGAAAAUUGUCUUUUUCUCAUGUUAAGGAGAACGCAAGAAUCGUUGAACUGAAGAUGUGCUAUUGUGUGUCAAUAAUUUAAAAAUACCAGCUGCAAGGUUUUAAUUGUACAGCAUUUGGAAUUCAGGAGUUUGGAUCUAGAAAGUUUAUUUCAUCCUACAGGACCAUAUGUGUUACAGUAUUUUACAAUGAAGCUAAAAGUUGUUACGCAGAAUGGCCUUUUGCACGCAGGUGCAGCUUCACAAUGUAAAGACAGGAUGUUUUAAUGGUCUUAUGAUUGGUCAACUUUUCACGAUUGAGGUGUGCCAAAUUUUAUAGGAAUGUCUGAAAGAUCAAAUCAUGUUGCUUUGGCUGUUAAUCAGGUACUAGUAUAAAUGGUCUCAUUGCUUGAGUCAACUUGUGUAAAAUAUUUUAAGGGAUUUGACUAGAUUUUGAGUUGAAAGUAAAUGUUGACCAACUUUUAAAGUGGAAAGUAAAAAGGAUGAAUGUAUUUUAAGAGCUGACAGAAAACUCUUUGUCAAGGAGACGGGGAACAAAGACCUUGGUGUAUUUUUUUGGUCUUCUUCACUUCAUUUACUUCAUUUUAAGUAAAUUGAAUUGAAUGGAAGUGUUCCAAGUGACUAAGCAGUAUAAUUAAUAGUAAGAC